AUGUCAGUCACGAAACCGACCAUUGUUAUCAUCCACGGCGGCUGGCACGUCCCCGAGAGCUACGAGAAGCUCAUCAUGGCCCUCGAAGACGCUGGCUACGAGGUUCACUGCCCACGCCUUCCCUCCACAAACCAGACGCGACCUCCAAAUGCCGACCUCUACAGCGACUCAGACCUAAUCCGCUACUACGUGUCGAGCCUUGUGCGGGCCGGCCGUUCCGUCGUUGCCCUGAUGCAUUCCUACGGCGGUCAGGUCGGCACCAAUGCGCUGCACGGCCUUUCCGUCUCGAGCCGCGCCGCGCAGGGCCUCCGGGGCGGCGUGUCGCAUCUGGUCUACCUGACCGCGUACGCGGUGCCCGAAGGCACUGCCAUGAUGGACAAGGUUGCCGAGUUCGGCCACAACGACCUGGUGCCCAUCGCGUUCGAUAUCGACCCCGAGGACAAGACCUGCCUCAACCGGAACCCCAAGAUGCUGCUUGUAGGAGAGAGCGAUGUGCCUGAGGCCGAGGUCGAUGAGUAUCUUGGUACGCUGGUGCGUUGGAACGGUAAUGGCAUGUACCAGCCGAGCAAGCACGCGGCGUGGCGCGAGAUACCUGUUUCGUAUAUCUACACCACCGCCGACAUGACCAUUCCCAUUGAUUACCAGAAGAACUUUGUCGAGGGCAUGGAGAAGGCGGGCCGGUCGGUGCGGACGUUUGAGUUGGCUACGGGCCAUUGCCCGAACUUGACCGCCACUCAGGGAGUGGUUGCCGCCAUCAACGACAUCGUUAGUCAGGUCUAA